UUGCAGAAUUCUUUGCGCUCCCGAUUAUUUUCUCACCAUGUAAUGAUAUGCUUGAUUAUUUGCGUCCAGCGGAAAUAAUGUUUCUAAUGUCCAAUGUUCUGGAUGGCUAGUAGAAAUAGCAGUUGCUGGCGCUGAAGUCAAUCAUUCGUGGCAAAACGCCAUACUGGAACACAUGUUCUUCUGGCGCUAUUACUAAGAAAACUACGGAAAGAAGACGCUCUAAGGUCGAAAUAAAAUUAAAAAUAUGCCGUUUGUUAACCGCUUGCUGCUCGCUGUCAUACUAAGUGUGGUCUUACAAUGCCUAAUGGUCAACGCUUACUAUAGUGGUGUGGUGAACUUGUUCACUUUAGUUCAGCCGAACUACAAUCUCUAUAAAGAGAGGAUCAUAAGCGAUAGGAAGGAGUUGAAGUUCUAUAGCGUUUGGACGGUUGAGCUCGGUCCACCGAACCAGGAGGGUCUAAUACCUAUAGCCACUACAGAGUAUAAAGCGUAUAACCAUGGAUAUAGAACGCGAAAUAGUGCCGACAAAGCACCGAUGAUGGAAACACGAAUGGAUGAGGCUUUUUUACGCGAGAUAACGCUCUAAAGAGUCAAAUGUUCUCGAAACAUCUGUAUGUGUUAGAAAGCUUUGCAAAUGUAAAAUCUUUCCUGUGAAAUAAUAAGAUUGAAUCAAAUUA